AUGCUUGGUUAUGACGAGUUUUUUCCUAUUCAAACGACAUAUGCAACUGGCUGUUACCCAUCCUAUGCAGCUGUUGGUGAUUUUAAUAACGACAAUCGACUGGAUGUCGUCGUCGCUAGUACAUAUAACAGCAGUGUAAGUGUACUUCUCGGAUAUGGCGAUGGCUCUUUUGCAAAUCAAAUGACAUAUUCAACUGGAUCUCAACCAUACUCUGUAGCUGUUGGCUAUUUUAAUAACGAUACCCAUCUAGAUAUCGUCGUUGCUAACAAUGGGGAUAACAAUGUAAGUGUACUUCUCGGAUAUGGUGAUGGAUCUUUUGCAAAUCAAAUGACAUAUUCAACUGGCCUUCAACCAUACUCUGUAGCUGUUGGCCAUUUUAAUAAUGAUACCCAUCUAGAUAUCGUCGUUGCUAAUUAUGGUAACAACACAGUAAGUGUACUUCUCGGAUAUGGCGAUGGCUCUUUUUCAAAUCAAACUACAUAUUCAACUGACCCUCAACCAUACUCUGUAGUUGUUGGCCAUUUUAAUAACGAUACCCAUCUAGAUAUCGCCGUUGCUAAUUUUGGUAACAACACAGUAAGUGUACUUCUCGGAUAUGGCGAUGGCUCUUUUUCAAAUCAAACUACAUAUUCAACUGGCAUUCAACCAUACUCUCUAGCUGUUGGUUAUUUUGACAAUGACACUCAUCUAGAUAUCGUCGUUGUUAAUUCGAUUGACAACACAAUUAGUGUACUUCUCGGAUAUGGUGAUGGAUCCUUUGCAAAUCAAAUGACAUAUUCAACUGGCUCUGGUCCAUAUUCUAUAGCUGUUGGCCACUUUAAUAACGAUACCCAUCUAGACAUCGUCGUUGCUAACAAUUGGGAUAACAAUGUAAGUGUACUUCUCGGAUAUGGUGAUGGAUCUUUUGCAAAUCAAAUGACAUAUUCAACUGGUUCUGGCCCAUACUCUGUAGCUGUUGGUGACUUUGACAACGACACUCGACUGGAUCUCGUCGUCGUUAAUUUUUAUAGUGACAAUAUGAGUAUACUGCUUCAUUAUAACAGAGGAGCUCUGAAAGACAAGGUAACAUUUGCACUGAGUGAUGGCUCUCAUUUGCAAAGUUUUGCCAUUUUUGAUUUCAAUAACGAUAGCUUAUUGGAUAUCGCCGUUGUCAAUUAUGGUACUAAUAACAUAGGUGUUCUUCAUGGAUAUGGGAAUGGCAGUUUUGGAAAACAAAUGGUGCUCUCAACAGGCUUAAAUUCCCAUCCUUACUCAAUCGCUAUCCAUGAUUUCAAUAGAGACGGUCAAGUAGAUAUAGCCGUGGCCAAUUAUGGUACUAAAAAUCUUGCUGCGUUUCUGGGAAAUGGGAAUGGAACAUUUGAAAAUCAAAAAGGUUACAGUGUAGAUUUCGAUUACGCUCCAUUGUUGAUUGAUGCUAGUAGUUUCAACAAAGAAGGACGUACUGAAAUUUUUGUCGCAUAUGAUGACAUCGAUCAUGUAGAUGUGCUUGUUACAAUCGGAUCUUUCGGUCCUCAAAUGAUAUAUUCAACUGGCACUUGGCCGAGGUCAGUAGCUGUUGGCGAUUUUAAUAACGACACCCAUCUGGAUAUCGUCGUCACUAAUUGGGGUGACGACACUAUAGGUGUCCUUCUCGGAUAUGGGAAUGGCUCUUUUGCAAAUCAAAAAACAUAUUCAACUGGUUCUUCCCCAUGGUCCGUAGCUGUUGGUGAUUUUAAUCACGACACCCAUCUGGAUAUUGUUGUUACUAAUUAUGUUAACAACACUGUAAGUGUACUUCUUGGAUAUGGCGAUGGCUCUUUUGCAAAUCAAACGACAUAUUCAAGUGACUCUGGGCCAAGGUCUGUAGUUGUUGGUGACUUUAACAACGACGCUCAACUGGAUAUCGUCGUUGCUAAUUAUGAAGACAAUACUGUAAGUAUUCUUCUUGGACACAAUGAUGGCUCUUUUGCAAACCAAAGAAAAUAUCCAACUGGCUCUAACCCAUGGCCUGUAGCUGUUGGUGAUUUCAACAAUGAUACCAGACUGGAUAUCGUUGUCGCUAAUUAUGGCGACAAUACUGUAAGCAUCCUUUUCGGAUAUGGCGAUGGCUCUUUUGCAAAUCAAAUGAAAUAUUCAACUGGCUCUCAACCAGAGUCCGUAGCUGUUGGUGACUUUAACAACGAUAACCGAUUGGAUAUCGUCGUUGCUAAUUAUGGUGACAACACUACAAGUGUACUUUUCGGAUAUGGAAAUGGCUCGUUUGCAAAUCAAACGAAAUAUUCAACUGGCUCUGGACCAAGUUCUGUAGCUGUUGACAAUUUUAAUAACGACACCCUAUUGGAUAUUGUCGUCACUAAUUGGAAUGACAACACUAUGAGUGUCCUUCCUGGAUUUGACAAUAGUGCUUUUGCAAAUCAAAUGACCUAUCCAACUGGCUAUAGUCCUUCUUCUGUAGCUGUUGGGGAUUUUAAUAGUGAUACCCGAUUGGAUAUUGUCGUCACAAAUUAUAAUAAGAAAAGUGUUAGUGUAUAUCUCGGAUAUCCCAAUGAAGGUUUUCUAAACCAAAUGAAGCUCACCACUGGCAAUGGAUCUCGCCCUAAGUCAUUCGCCAUUGGGGAUUUUAACAAUGACGCUCAAAUAGAUAUUGCAGUGGCGAAUUCAGGCACUAACAAUGUUGGUAUUUUUCUGAGAUAUGACAAUGGUUCUUUUUCAAAUCAAAUGAUAUAUCCAACUGAUUCUUCUCCAUGCUCGGUAGCUGUUGGUGAUUUCAACAAUGAUACCAUUCUUGAUAUCGUCGUCGCAAAUUAUGGCAAUGACAAUGUUGGUAUAUUUCUUGGAUGUGCAGUGGAAGCAAAAGAUUGUAUUCGUUAUAAUACAGAAAAGCAAAAACUAACAGGAGCAAGCUUAGCUAAAUGUCGUACCGAAAACAAACUUCGUCAACAAAAAUAUCGAGAAAAUAAAAAAAACGGUAUUAAUAAACCUCUUGCAAGUUCAUUCAAAAGUCGUCAAUCAUUUAGCAAAGCAUUAAAAAAAACAAAUUCUUCACUUCAAAGAUGUGAUAAAAAGAAAAAAGUUAUUACUCAGCAUCUUGCUGAAACAUUUCGUUUGGUUCUUAAAUCCAAACAUCAACGUACUACAGCUCAACUUACUGAUAAGCUAAAAGCUGACGUUUAUAAUUUCUAUUUACGAGACGAUAUUUCAUAUCAAUUACCAGGUAAAAAGGACACAAUUGUUAUUAAAGAAGAUGAUGGAAGUAGAGUAACUUAUCAGAAACGAAUUUUGUUUAAUAAUUUACGUGAAACUUAUGAAUUAUUUAAAGAAGAGAAUGACAACGUUUAUAUGAGUCGUUCUUCGUUUGUUGAAUGA